CUCACUCCAUCGCGCUUUCUGUGACAGGGUCUCUCUCUAUAAAUCGUCCACUUCUCGCCGUCGUACAGAAGUCGGAAGAUCUGAACAAGCGUAAGCGGUAGGACUUAGGAGUAGAUCAAGAUCUCGAUCCUCCACUUUUAACAUAUUCUAAUUGAACAAGCCUUCAUAUACUGUAAGUCUCCAUGGCUGCAUCAGAGGAAAACAGUGCACUAUUCCCAAUAUUCAUCUUAACAGUUCUGGCACUGCCUUUAGUGCCUUACACAAUACUCAAGUUAUGCCGUGCUGCCUCUAGAAAGACAAAGAGCAUUCACUGUCAGUGCUCUGUAUGCUUCCAUUCAGGAAAGUAUCGCAAAUCCAUAUUUAAGCGGAUCUCAUCCGUCUCAACAUGUAGUAACUUUACGCUUGUGCUACUCUGGGUUAUUAUGGCAUUCCUGGUCUAUUACAUUAAACAUAUAAGCCGUGAGAUCCAAGUUUUUGAGCCAUUCAGCAUUCUUGGAUUAGAAUCUGGAGCUUCAGAAUCUGAGAUAAAGAAGGCAUAUAGGAGACUCUCUAUUCAAUAUCAUCCUGAUAAAAAUCCAGAUCCAGAGGCGCACACAUAUUUUGUGGAAUUCAUAUCCAAGGCUUAUCAGGCUCUAACAGACCCUAUUUCGCGUGAAAAUUUUGAAAAAUAUGGUCAUCCAGAUGGCAGGCAGGGGCUUCAAAUGGGAAUAGCUCUUCCCGAGUUUCUUCUAAACAUUGAUGGAGCGUCUGGGGGAGUACUCUUACUUGGGAUUGUUGGAGUCUGCAUUCUUUUGCCUUUGAUGUUGGCUGUUAUAUAUCUCUCGAGGUCAUCAAAAUAUACUGGAAACUACGUUAUGCAUCAGACGCUGUAUGCUUAUUAUCACUUGAUGAAACCUUCAUUGGCUCCAAGCAAGGUUGUAGACGUCUUCAUUAAUGCUGCUGAGUACAAGGAAAUGCCAGUUCGUAGGAGUGAUGGUGAGCCCCUUCAGAAACUGUUCAUGUUAGUCAGGAGUGAGUUGAACCUGGACCUUAAGAACAUUAAGCAAGAGCAAGCAAAGUUUUGGAAGCAGCAUCCGGCCCUUGUUAAGACAGAAUUGUUGAUUCAGGCGCAAUUAACACGUGAAGCAGGAACCUUACCAUCAGCUUUGCAGGGCGACUUUAGGCAUGUGCUUGAACUUGCACCUCGCCUUCUUGAAGAACUAAUGAAGAUGGCAGUUAUACCACGCAGUCCUCAAGGACAUGGAUGGCUGAGGCCUGCAGUUGGGGUUGUUGAGCUUUCUCAAAGUAUCAUUCAGGCUGUUCCUCUUAAUGCAAGAAAAGCGACGGGAGGAUCCGCUGAAGGCGUUGCACCCUUUCUUCAGCUCCCCCAUUUUAGUGAGGCAAUUGUCAAAAAGAUCGCCCGCAAGAAGGUGCGCACAUUUCAAGAGUUUCAAGACAUGAGCCCUCAAGAGCGUGCUGAGCUAAUGACUCAAGCUGCAGGAUUCUCUGCUUCUGAAGCUCAAGACGUGGAGGUUGUCCUUGAAAUGAUGCCUUCCAUAACAAUUGAAAUUACUUGUGAGACAGAAGGAGAAGAGGGCAUACAAGAGGGUGACAUUGUUACUAUGCAUGCAUGGAUCACACUCAAGCGUGGGAAUGGCCUAGUUGGUGCCCUUCCGCAUGCCCCCUACUUCCCAUUUCCCAAGGAAGAAAAUUUCUGGUUGCUGCUUGCAGAUUCGACCAACAAUGUGUGGAUGUCCCAGAAGGUUAGCUUCAUGGAUGAGGCUGCAGCUGUUACUGCUGCAUCAAAGGCCAUUCAAGAGACACAGGAGGGUUCAGGGGCAAGCUUGAAGGAGAUAAGUGCUGCAGUUAGAGAAGCAGUCGAGAAAGUGAGGAAUGGAUCAAGGUUGGUGAUGGGUAAGUUCCAGGCCCCUGCAGAAGGGAAUUACAAUCUGACUUCCUAUUGCCUGUGUGACUCGUGGAUUGGCUGUGACAAGAAGACAAGUUUGAAGUUGAAGGUUUUGAAACGAAGCCGAGCUGGGACAAGAGGGGGUACCAUGGCGGAAGAGGGACCAGCUGUUGAGGAUGGAAUCGAGGAGGAAGAGGAGGAGGAAGAAGAAGGAUAUGAUGACUAUGAGAGCGAGUACAGUGACGAUGGUGAGGAUGAACUGGAUACAAAGAAGAAUGGAGCGGUUGCUAAUGGUGUAUCUCAUAGAAAAGGCAGCGGUUCAAGUUCUGAAAGUUCAGGCACAGAUGAAGAGUGAGUGCCUGUUUUUUUUGCUUUUUAAGCUACAGGUGAGUUUUGUCUCUUCAUUCAGUCAUUUGGUGGAAGAAUUGGUGGAAGAAUACUGCUUUUACCAUGACAACUUAGGUCAUCAAUAUCUUUUUCAAUAUACUGUUUUCAUAGAUAAAAUAAAGAUAUUGUGCA